AAUGGCGGACAUUCAAGUGCAUUGCACAUGCAGCGUGCACUAUAUUUUCCAUUACCAUUAUGUUUUCCUCUGCCCCACACUCUUUCUUCUUCUUCUUCUUCUUCUUCUUCUUCAUCUUCUUCUUCUUCUUCUUCUUCUAAUUCCCUCAAUCCACGCAUAAUUCAUCGCCUCCAUAACACCCAACAAACCCAAAUUCCCAUAUCAAUCCCUUUUUCUUUUAUAUAAAUUCAUCCCAUAACAAGCCUUCCAUUUCCAUACCUUUUUCCUCUCUCUCUCUCGCAGCCAUGGCAGCAGCUUCCACUACUUUCAACCUUCUCUCCUUCUUCUUCUUCUUCAUACUCCUCCUCUCUUCUGUCCAAAUCGAAGCCAGAGUCAACAAAUUCUUCAGUAAAUUCAUCAACACUGAUCGCGAGGUUGUUCCUACUAAGCUUCCUCCCGCACCGGUCUCUGCUCCGCCGGAAAUAUCUCCAUCUCUGGCACCGACGCCGGCUCCCGCGCCGUUUUUCGACGAAUCGCAGAAUGCUUACGGUCUAUACGGCCGUGAUGCCGACGCUGAUGAAAAUACUCGGACGAUUACCGACGUGGAGGAGGAGAUUCUCGCGGGAGACGGCGAGGACGAGGACGAGGACAAUCAUAAAGCUGCCUAUCCGAUGACGAAUUCUCAGACGGGAAAUUACGGAAACAAUAACUACGAGAACAACAAUGGGUUUAGAAAUUCCGAGUACGAGAACCACAAUGAGUACAGAAAUUCUGAGUACGAGAGCGCUUUCGAGAACAAUAACGCUAGAAAUUACCAGUACCAGAGCAAUUUUGAGGACGACGGCUACAGAAGGAGGCGACACGAACCGACACGGCAGCAAGGGAUGAGCGACACCAGAUUCAUGGAGAAUGGAAGGUAUUUUCAUGAUAUUAACUCGAAGAAUGGAGAAGAAAAUGGAUCUUACGGAAACAAUAAGUAUCCGAAAUAUGAGUUCGAUUCAAUGGAGGAGUAUGAAAGGAGUGAGGGAUUGCUUCCAUGAAGCAGAGAGGGGCAAUUUAGGGUUUAACUUAAACUCGAACUCUUGAAUUUAUGGAGGUUUUUUGAUGUUCUGUGUGUGUGACUUUGAUGUUUAUCUUUGAGUUGUGAUUGUUUUUGCACAACUUGAAUGAAUGUUGUUCUUGGGCUUUUGAUUUUGCUUAUGGAUGUUAUUUUAAUGUAGAAAAAUGAUAGGAAAAAAGAUGGUUGUUUCCAUUUUGGAACUAAAUUCCAAAAUGAGAUUUAUAGA